GUUGGUGUUUGUUGCUUUUUCCCCUCAGAUUGUUUUGAGAGCGCAGCAACUAUGGCAUCUGAUGACUUUGAUAUUGUGAUAGAAGCAAUGCUGGAAGCUCCUUACAAGAACAAAGAAAAGGAGGUAUGCUUUUAUUGAUUUGGUAUAUGUAUUUUGUGUUCUAUCUGGAUUUGGGCAAGCUAAUGUGUUGGCUGUUUAGCACUUUCAGGCAUUGUGUGCUCUCCAUUUUUGAAAUGCAAUCUUUCAGUUAAACAAACAAUUAAGAUAUAGUGGUAUAACAUUGUUUUGUGCACACAAGAGAUUGGAUAUUUGGAUCUAUACAUUGUCCUAACUAAAUGUUGUUUUUGUUUUUCCAUUUUAUUUACAAAUUGAUUUUAAAUCCCAUGUAAUUUUGUGUAUAAAGCUAAUUUUCCUUAAAUCUAAUGGGUGUUUCAAUGCAUAUAGGCAAUGUAACCCAAUUUUUAAGUAAAACUGCUUAGAAUCUGUUUUUUCAAGAAAUACUUUAAUAUAUUUCAGCCAGUAUUAAUGUAGCCAUUUUUGUUCUAAAAUAUGCUUAUUAUAGUAUUAAUAUUUGAACAUCUGCUGAUUAACUUUGACAACAGUAUUAGGGCAAUUAAAUUAAGUGUUUGUUUUGUUUUUUACAAUUUAAAGGAACACCAUAGUGUUAGGAAUACAAAACUGUGUUCCUAUCAGUAUAGUGCUGAAUUACAUGGUUGGGUGUCUGCCCCUUUUAGAAUGGAGUUAAAAGGUGUAUUACUUGCCUUUUCUCCAUAGCUGUGCUGGUAUCGUGCCGCCUCCAUUGCUGAAAUCCUCAAUCUUGAUGAUCUCCGCCUAUCCAAUGCUUUCCCAUAGGAAACCAUUGGGUGGCUAUUGAGCAUGCUUGUAAAAAAAAAAAUAAAAAAAUGCAGGAACUCAUCCAGGAAGUCCCUUUAGUGGCUGUCUAAGUGACAGCCACUAGAGGUGGUGCUAGGCAGCAAUGUAAACACUGCCUUUUCUGUGACAAGGCAGUGUUUAUAUUGCUCAGCCUGCAGGGACAGGCUAUAGACAGCAUAACCACAACUAGUGACUAUUGUGCCACUUUUUAAGGAAGUGAUUCACGGUAACUGAUACCUCUCUUGAAUUUGGAUAUCUUGUGCUAUUGUCUGAACUUAAAGGGUUACUGCAACCCUUUUCGGCUGCUUUGUUUUUUGUUUUUUUUUGCGAACAAUACCCUAUUGGGCAUUAUUCCUCCGACCCCUCUACAGGCUCUGAAAAAAGGCAAUCAAAUAAGCUAUUAUUGAUACUGAAUGCAAUGCCGGGCGAAGCUCCUGUGUGAUGUCAUACAGGCAGCACAAGGUCCAAUCAAAGGAUUUUCAUAAAGAAGCCUUUGAUCAGACAAUUUGGCCUGCUUAGAGUGGGGAAGAUAGUAGCAGAAAAAAUAAGCGUAGGGUAUAGAGAAGAAGGAGGGUAAGCAAACUACAAAAAGAUAAUUUAUGCUGGCACUCAAUCACGUGGUGCUGGUAUUCGAGGUUAUCCCUAAAAAAGCCCCAUAAAUAUCAUACAAAAAAUAUAUAUAUAUAUAUAUAUAUGAAUACCGCACUCAAUGUUGUAAAAUAAUCAACCGUAGGUAAAAAGGUACUGUAAUUGAAUUUAUUAUUUUUUUAUUUUUUUCUUCAAUGUCUAGGUAUAUAACUUAAUAUGUGAGAUUAUGAUUUGAUCAAAAGAAUAUAUUACAUCAUAUAGUCAAUCGCUAUUUACAAAAAUAACCUCCAUAGGUAUUAUAUAGAUAAAUAAUCGAUAUAUAAACACAGUUGUAAGUAUUCCUGUUUGCAAAUCUAAGGAAAACCUAUCCAUAUGGAUAGUAGUUGAAUCUGUGGUGUUCUAUGUACAUAGAAAAAAGAAAAAAUGAAAAAAAUGAAAGAAAUUUGAAAAAAUAUAAAAAAAUAAAAAAUAAAUAAAAAGUAUACAUAUAAUAAAUGUCCUGAUGUACAAUAGUCCAGAGAAUAGUGCACUUUAGAUAAUAAAUAGGUGGAUCUCACCAAGUUGGAUAUCCAGAUGGAUUGUAGCCUUAGUAGCAACUGGAAAAAAUGAAGACUCUGUGAAGAAUGGAGGGUUUUUAAACCUGCUGAAUUCCUGUUGUGCGCUGAAAAGAGGACUCAAUAAAGGUGUCAGAUGUGGUCCUCGUAUCACAGGGGCCUUCGAAGGGACGUGGAUGUCCCGAGCGCGCAGCCCAUGUACUGUGACGGCACUCUCAUUGCGGAUAACUCCGAUCUGAUACACAGCAGCAACGACUUUGAGGGUGACAUACGAGGACCAACUUGGUGAGAUCCACCUAUUUAUUAUCUAAAGUGCACUAUUCUCUGGACUAUUGUACAUCAGGACAUUUAUUAUAUGUAUACUUUUUAUUUAUUUUUUCUUUUUUUAUAUUUUUUCAAAUUUUUCUUCAUUUUCAUAUUUCUUUCAUUUUUCAUUUUUUUCAUUUUUUCUUUUUUCUAUGUACAUAGAACACCACAGAUUCAACUACUAUCCAUAUGGAUAGGUUUUCCUUAGAUUUGCAAACAGGAAUACUUACAACUGUGUUUAUAUAUCGAUUAUUUAUCUAUAUAAUACCUAUGGAGGUUAUUUUUGUAAAUAGCGAUUGACUAUAUGAUUUAAUAUAUUCUUUUGAUCAAAUCAUAAUCUCACAUAUUAAGUUAUAUACCUAGACAUUGAAGAAAAAAAUAAAAAAAUAAUAAAUUCAAUUACAGUACCUUUUUACCUACGGUUGAUUAUUUUACAACAUUGAGUGCGGUAUUCAUAUAUAUAUAUAUAUAUAUAUAUAUAUAUAUAUAUAUAUUUUUUGGUAAGCAAACUACCAUUGUGCAUGUCUCUAGCCAACAGACAAGUUUAGUUUUUGUACCUAAUUGAUAUUGGGCAGCCCAGGGCAGAGUCACAUGUGUCGAGUGUGUAACUAGCCCCUGUCACACAAUUGCAAAUACCUCUGGAUGUGCAGAGUUUUAAAACAGAAACACUGCACAUACAGACUCCUACCACCAUGUCCACCUCCAUUCUCUUGGUUUUCCAGCAUUGUGAGAAUUUGUCAUUUGAAUGAUGAAUGAAACAUUUUCACACUGCAACAUAUAAACCCAUUAACAUCGAUCAACAGUCUGUCUAUAUUAGUAGAGUCCUGCCUGUAACAUUACCUUUUUUCCUUUGCAUUUGCUGGCAAUCAGUUUAGACCAAUGUAUAGAUCCAUUUUUAUUAUUAUGUAAAUUAAACCAGUUGCAUACAAAUUGUGAUUUUUGUCAAUGCCUUCUUCGUGCGUAUGAUAAAAAAUUUAGUCCCCCAUAAUGUUUGCACUUUGUAAAUAUUACUAAUAUCUAGGAAAACUCUGUUUAUUAUUUUUUCAUUUAAGGCAGAAAGAUAUGCGUAUGGAAAGCCACCACUGCAAAUCUACAUUUAAGGUUAAAAUUAAAAGUAGAAAAUCUAACAGAGCAUUGUCUUAGCAAUGCAGUUUAGUAAGCCUAAACUGCAAUACCACAUUACCAAAAUAAUAAUAAAUGUCUACAACAUGCUACAUGCAAGUUAUCGUGUGCACUGUUGCUUUGUGAUUUUUCUACUGUAAUCAUUACUUAUUUUAAAAUAUUUGAUAUGGAUGGCUUUUGUUGGUGGUUUUGUAGAAUUUAGUAUUCGCCACACCCCUGCCUUCUUUAAACAGACCAGUAUGACAUGUUCAAUAACACACACUGAUCCCUUUCUCUUCAUUAAAUCUAGUGCUCCUAUCUGCCCCACCCUGCUUUUCCAAGGAAGGGCCUUGAAAACUGGUUGAAGACAAGACUACCACAGGACCAAACCAAAGACCUCUGUGUGGGGUGGAUAAAACUUAAUCUUGCUGGGGACAUAUAGCGCCUUUGCAAGCCUUUGAGUGCUAGUUAAAUGUGUGCGUAAAAGCAUGGUAUUGCUUAUCCCUCUGGCACCCUCAGUUAAGAGAGAUCCCAGUGAAGAGGACUACACAGCAUUACCGCUUUUACUUUUAAUGCAUGGCACCAAAUGUAACUGUAUACUGCCCCAGUUGUUUCACCCAAAUUAUAUUCCUCUAUCAAUUACAGAUGUUGUGUAAAUUUUAAUUAGACUGUUUAUGGGACUCUUCCAUUUAGUGCUAAAUGUACCAGGAGCUUGCAAAUUCUAUUGUAAUGGUGCCAAACUUUGUUUUAACCUCUACGAGAACAGUUUGGAGACUAUACCUUAUGGAAUAUUGUUAGGGAACAAUGGGUAUUAAUUUAAACGGUCUCUCCAUGCCUAGGUAGAAGAUAAAAGUAUAUAAAUAAAACCAAAUUUCUAUUCUAAAUUAAACCCAAUUUUGUGUUUGGUUAAAGAGUGGGUUAAAAUUUACAAGCUGCAAGGGCUUACCUUGAGACCAAAGUAUUUACAUUUUUAUUAUUCUUAUAAUCAGUGUAUUGAUACCACCUAUGUUAAUAUUUUGACAUUUUUCGUCCAUUCCGAUGGCUACAUGAAUGUUGUUAAUUUAAAGGGGGUGGUGGUAGCUUACUUCUCCUGGUGAAUGGUGCUAGAUUCAAGUAAAUGAUGAAAGACAGUGAUUCUGUGUGUUUGCCUCACUUCUUUGCACUCAUGAGUAUCUUAACUGCUGGAAUUGUAUAGCAAUGUCACCUCUGUAUGUUUGCUCCAGGCCGAGGAUAUUGAAAAACAAGAAACGGUGGGGAAAUAGCAAACUCAUUAUUACUAAUUAUUAUAUCAACCUCUACCACACAGGUAAGGUAUUAAAUGGGAGGUACACCUUGCAGACCCAUCUUGUGUUUAUCUUCCAUAUAGGCUCAUCAGUUUGCCAGUUAGGAUUGUAAGGUAUGCAAAUCUUUGUUCUGCAGAGUUGCGAAAUGUUAAUGUCCCACUACUGAAUAGAAGCAUGUGUUUGUUGAUAUACUGGGCUAACUACUUGUUUUAUCUGUCUUUCUACUUUUUCUUGUACCCUUUUUCACCCUCUCUUCCCUCACUUUUAUCUUGGACAUCCCUUGUUGCUCUUAUUGCUGUGUCGGCAUGAUCUUAUUUUAUAUCGAACUGAAUAGGAGGAAAGUCAGAACAAGGAGACUAAACAAGAUCGUGAAACCAGAAGCAGUAGUCCUAGGAACAGAGGUCACAGCAGGUAAGAAAACUGUAAGCACCUAAUUGUGCCUUUUAUGAUGCAUUCCAGUCUUGGUUGUUCUCUAUGCACUUGUAUGUGUUGCCACCAAUUCUUUUUAUAUUUUCAGCAGUAAGAAGAGAAGUUGUAGUCGAAGCCAUGAUCGUCGUAGAAGGUAACUAUUAACUUUCUGUGAUGUACAGCUAUGUUCCCACGUCUCUGAAGAGUAUAAGUUAUGGCUCCAUGUAGUGAAAGGCUCUGGUGUGAAGUGCCUACGCAUCAGAGUUUGCACACAACGAUGUCCCAAUAUGAACAACUGUUAUGACUGCCAAAACACUCCUAGGUUAGUUCAUGGGUCAAGGCAAAAGCUGCUUGUGGGUGCUUUGAAUAGCAGCGGCGUAAUUAGAGCUUUGCCACCCCUCUCAGCCCGGCCUCAACACUAAUGCGCCAGCUGCGCUGUAAGGUAUAUAGUGAGCAGGGAUAGGAUGUGAUUCAUACCCCUGCCCUUUCCAAACAGCCUGUGGCAUGUUUAUUUGUAAGUAGUGUUAGCAUUGGAAUGCUGUUGUUUAUUUGUGUGCAGUGUUAGCGUUGGAAUGCAGGGGUGUAUUUGUGUGCAGUGUUGGUGUUUGAAUGCAGGGGUGUAUUUGUGUGCAGUGUUAGCGUUUGAAUGCAGGGGUGUAUUUGUGUGCAGUGUUGGCGUUUGAAUGCAGGUGUGUACUUGUGAGCAAUGUUGGCAUUGGAAUGCAGGGGUGUAUUUGUUUGUAGUGUUGGGGUUUAAAUACUGGGAUGCUACAUUGCCACACAUAAAUGCACAUGCACUCAGAAUCACACAGGUACACACACAUAAUUUGACACACAGGUAUGUAUUAUUAUUAUUUAUAUAGCACCAGCAAAUUCCGUAGCGCUGUACAAUGUACAACCUCAAAUACACACAGAGCCAGGUACACAUACACAUAAAUGAAUAAAGAGCAAUUCACAUAUUUUGACUACCUUCCUGUUUCCUUAAUUUUUGAUUGCAGAGGGGUGACUUUCCUGGAGUCCAGUUGGAGCUGUCUGACCUAAGCUUAUGGGAGUCUGAGACUCCAGGCUGCCUCAGCCCCUCUCCUCCUCCUUUUUUUUACCUCACUCUCCUCCCCACUGUUUGCUGGGAGAAAGUGAACGGAACUCAUUAACUUCCUCCUUGCAUGCUGUGGGGGAACUCACGAGGUGACAGGGGCCCAGUGCAGUAUUAACCCAUUAUUGACCAGACCAUUUUUUAAUUUUCUUACUGUUAAGGACUAGGGCUGUUUUUACAUUUCUGCGGUGUUUGUGUUUAGUUGUAAUAUUCUCGCCGUUAAAUGGCCUUUCUAAAGAUACCAUUAUUUUAAUCAUAUCAUAUAAUUUAUUAUAAAUUUUUUUUUUUUAUAAAAUAUGAUAAAAAAAUAAACUGUUUCUAACUUUGACCCCCAAAAUCUUACACAUCUACAACUGCCAAAAAACACUCGUGCUAAAUAGUUUCUAAAUUUUGUCCUGAGUUUAGAAAUACCCAAUGUUCACAUGUUCUUAGCUUUUUUUAGCUAUAAGUACAAGUAGGACAUUGCUGUUUCACACAUAUCUUUUUUAAAUUUAAUCAGUAGUGACAUUGUAACAGUGUUAUCUGUCAUAAAUCUCUGAAUCCCACCUCACAUGUAGAUAUUUUUUGAAUAUGGCAUUCAAUAUGGGGUAUGUCCAGUCUUUUUUAGGAGCCACUUAGUCACAAACACUGGCCAAAUUUAGCAUUAAUAUUUGUUUGUGAGUUAAAAUGCAAAAAACAAUUAUGAACGCUAACUUUGGACAAUGUUUGUGACGCUACCUUGGGUUGUCUUCUUUUGCAAAUGGUAUGCCAUCAUGGAGGUAAUUCUCAUUCCUGGGCUUCCAUACACUCUUAAAGGCAACAUAACCAAUCUGGCAAAUUUCAAUGUGAAAAAACAGAAAAUCGAACCUUAUAUUUGACCCUGUAAUUUUCAAAAAUACGUGUGUGUGUGUUUUUAGUCCAGUGGAUAAGAUGCCAAAAUACCAGAGUAUUGCUGUAUGCAAUACCUUUUUUUUUUUAUUAUUUUUUUUUAUUGGACUAACAUAAUAUUUAAAAGACAAGCUUUUGAGAAUUUCCUCUCUUCCUUAGGUCUGAAGCAAUACUGAUCAAUCUGAAAGAAAUUAACACUUAAAAUAACUGAUGUUAGAGAGGGGGGUGAGAGAGGUGUCAUAAAUAACAGAUGAUGUGCAUGAAAGUGAAAGGAUCAGGUUGGCUAAGAAUAGCCAGAAAAACUAAGUAAACAGAGGAGAUUCAAUAAGCUAGUUAAUGAGAACAAAAACAAGAAAACAGCAGAUCAGGGCAUGCAAUUAUAUAGUUGCAUAUAAUUAUGUAUAAAAAUUGAUCCAAUAAAGGUAAAACAAGAUUAUUGAAAAAGAACUAUGUAAGACAUUAAAAUGUGGGUUUAUAAAAAGUUUUGGUAGCAUGAGAAAAAGCAGGAAUCUACAUUAAAGGACCACUAUAGGCACCCAGACCACUUCAGUCCAUCUAGGAUUAACCCUUUCUCUGAAACUGCUAUGUUUACCUGUGGGUUAAUCCAGCCUCUAGUGGCUGUCUCAUUGACAGCCACUAGGGGCACUUCCGUGCUUCUCACUGUGAUUUUCACAGUGAGACGACGCCAGCGUCCAUAGGAAAGCAUUGAGAAUGCUUUCCUAUGGACUGGCUGAAUGCGCGGCUUGUGCCGUGCAUGCGCAUUCAGCUGAUGACUGGGGAAAGGAGGCGGAGAGUCACCACCGCUGAGGGAGCCCCCCCCCCUUCUCUAACAUCAGUUGUUUUAAGUGUUAAACUCUUUCAGAUUGAUCAGUAUUGCUUCAGACCUGGGGAAGAGAGGAAAAUCUCAAAAGCUUGUCUUUGAAAUAUUAUGUUGGUCCAAUAAAAAAAAAGGUAUCAUUGCAUACUGCAAUACUCUGGUAUUUUGGAUGGAGAUAGAGAUAUAUAUAUUUUUCGUUUAUUAGAGGACCACUAUAGGCACCCAGACCACUUCAGAUUAAUGAAGUCGUCUGGGUGCCUGGUCCAGCUAGGGUUAACCUUUUUUUUUUAUUUUUUUUUUAUUUAUUUUUUAAUAAACAUAGAAAACUGCUAUGUUUACACUGAGGGUUAAUCCAGCCUCUAGUGGCUGUCUCAUUGACAUCCGCUAGAGGCGCGUGCGUGCUUCUCACUGUGAAAAUCAGUGAGAAGAUGCCAGCGUCAAUGCUUUCCUAUGAACUGGCUGCCGCGCAUGCGCAUUCAGCCGAUGACGUCGCUAGGAAGGAGGAGGAAAGCUCCCCACCCGGCGCUGGAGAAAGGUAAGAUUUUAUCCCCUUCCUCUCUCCAGAGCCCGGCGGGAGGGAGACCCUGAGGGUGGGGACACCCUCAGGGCACUAUAGUGGUCCUUUUAACUUUUUUAUUUUACACAUGCAAGGAUACUGCCUGUCAGUUCAGGCAGCACCAUAGACUAUGGCGGCCAUGUGAACGCUCUUUCAGAGCGAUCACAUGGCCCGCAGCAUCCUAAUUUGCCAAGGGGAGACUGUUUGGGCUGUCAGACAGUUCCUCCAGACGGAGAGGAACACAGAUCGCCGGCGGGGGAACGGCGGCAGUCAGGUAAGUAAGUUGGAAUGUAUGCUCGUUCAAGCAGGGUCCUCAACUACCUAUUGUUCCUGUUGCAUUUUGUUAUUGUCUCAUUUUGUGAAUUCCCCUUUUAUUGUAAAGCGCUGCGGAAUAAGCUGGCACUAUAUAAACACCAAUAAUAAUAAUUGGAAUGCCACGGACGUACUAGGUACGUCCGAGGUGCUUAAGGACCGUUUUUGUCGGACAUACCUAGUACGUCCGAGGUUGGGAUGGGGUUAAAGGUCCUCAGCCUUUGAUUACUUCUCUGAUGAUAGCAUUUUUUUUAAAAUAAACUUUCAUUUUUAACUCUCAUUCAUAACUGCUUUGUAAUUUAAAAAACAAAUAUUUGUUGAGUGCAAUUUCUCGAAAUGAAAAUGUAUGUACUAGUUUAUUUUAGUUCCUUAAACUCUCACCUCAUGCUUUCAGCCGUAGCCGUAGUAGAGAUCACUACAGGCGCCGUAGUAGCAGAGACAGACACAGAAGCCAUGAGCGUCGUCACAGAAGCAGGAGCAGAGGGAGACAUUAUGACUCCAGAAGCCGUGACCGGCGUAGGGAAGAGCGAUCCAGACACCGCAGCCCUGGGUAAACCUUUAGACACAACAUUUUUGCCAAGAAAAUAGAUUUAGAAAUCUAUCAAGAAAUCUGUCCGGUUUUAUAGUAGUGAUGUUCUGUGAGUACUAGGGGUAUCUUAGUCUACUGGUUGUAUAGGCUAUAUAUGGUUAUGGUGCAUUGAGUGUCUAUUGUGUAUUGAUGUAUGUGAACAUCUUAAAUAAGUUGCUUUCGUCUGUUGUAGACGUCGAUAUACCCGUAGCAAGAGCCGAAGCCCUCGAUACAGGGAGAAGACCCCUAUCAGGUAUUAAAAUUCCUGUGGUAAAAUCACUGAUGAUAUGGAGAAUAUCUGAGCAGUUAUGUAGUUUAGAUUUUUAUCACUGUAAUUGUCAAACAAACUUUAAAAAAGUAAAAUAAUUCAUAACACCAUAUGUAAGGGAGAAAAGUGUAAAACCUAAAAUUGCAGAAAUACAUUGUGAAAGUGCUAAACAAACAAAAAGUACUUUCUGGGCUUUAACCAUACCUAUUGCCUGCAUCAACUUAAAGUUUUGUACGCAUAACAAUAUUUAAAACAUUUUUUUGGUUUUAUAUAUAUAUAUAUUUAUAUAUAUUAUGUUUGUUUGUGGUUUUUUUUUUAAAUCCGUUCCUAAAUGGAACUUUCAUUCAGUACCUGUCCCGAUGCUGAUGAAAAUUACGUUGAGGAACUGAAAUGUUGAUGUCUCUGACAGUAAAAGAACAACAUUGAUUAUAAAGACAAGAGUGUCUGUAUUUUCUAAAUUAGGUAUUUACAGUGUUAUGUGGCACUGGGUUUAUUUUUCUGACUGGAGGUUGGAGCGCAAAAGUUUGUGUGUGUGUAUGUAUAUAUGUAUUUUUUUCAACAAGUGCACUCACAGGUCUUUUGCAAUAAUCCUUUUUAUUAUGUAAACAACAAAUACACCGCGGUUCUGUCGACGUUUCAGUCCACACAGGACUUUUUUCAAGACAGGUGUAAACACCAUAAUAAUCAAUUAACCCCUUCAGGACAGAGUCAAUAGUGCACGUUCUGAUCAAAACAAAACGUAAACAAAAACUGGAAUUUGCGCUAAAUGUCUGUUCAACCAUAAUUCACCGCUGUCACAUUAAGUGCACCCACACUUAUUAUAAAUCAUUUUGUUCAGGAGAAACAGGGCUUUAAUUUAUCAUUAACUAUUCAUAUAUUAAACAUAAUUUAUUAUGAAUAAAAUUUUUAAAAAGUGAGAAAAUAACAUUUUAUUUUUUUUAAAUUUGUAUUUCCGUCUGACAUUUUAGCUGUGAAUGUCAUAAUACUGUUGGGUUUUACUGCAAAAAAUGCACAUAUUUGUAAUCAGCGCUGUCUCACGAGUACAACAGUACCCCCCAUUAACAGGUUUUAUGGUGUUUUGGAAAGUUACAGGGUCAAAUAUAGAACAUUCCAUUUUCAAAUUGAAAUUUGCCAGGUUAGUAAUGUUACCUUUGAGACGGUGUGGUAGCCCAGGAAUGAGAAUUACCACCAUAAUGGCAUACCAUUUGAAAAAGUAGACAACCCAAGGUAUUAAAGGGGAGUAUGUCCAGUCUUUUUUAGUAGCCACUUACUCACAAACACUGGCCAAAGUUAGCGUUCAUAUUUGUUUUUGUGUGAAAAAAGCAAAAAACUAAUAUUUGGCCAGUGUUUGUGAUUAAGUGGCUACUAAGAAAGACUGGACAUACCCCACUUGGGUUGUCUAGUUUUGCAAAUGGUAUGCCAUCAUGGGGGUAAUUCUCAUUCCUGGGCUUCCAUACGCUCUCAAAGGCAACAUAACCAAUCUGGCAAAUUUCAAUGUCAAAAAAAUGAAAUGCAAGCCUUAUAUGUGACUCUCUAACUUUCCAAAACACCAUAAAACCUGUACAUGGGGGGUACUGUUAUUCUCGGGAGACUUCACUAAACACAAAUAGUAGUGUUUUAAAACAGUAAAACAUAUUACAACAAUAAUAUAGUCCAUAAAAGUGCAGUUCGUUUGUAAAAAAUGCAAAAAAUUUCACUUUUACUUAAAAUAUCAUCGUUGUAAUACAAUUUACCAGUAUGAAACACUAAUAUGAGUUCAGCGAAGUCUCCUGAGUAAAACAGUAUCCCAUGUACAGGUUUUAUGGUGUCUUGGAGAGUUAUAGGGUCAAAUCUAAUGCUUGCGAAUUAAAUUCUCUGCACUUUCUCCCUGUGUUGUCAGGCAUGUCAAUCAAAUUUUAACUAAUCAAAUCACAUUAUUAUGUUAAAAGAUUACUUAAAUAUAUAUGUAGAAUUUUAAUAUACAUGCAUUUAUAGGUAUUUAAAUUCUACGUGUAUACUAAUGUAAUCUUUUAUGUAAAAAAAAAUAUAUAUAUAUUUUUAUUAUUUUGGCGGUUAUUUGUAUAUAUAUAGAGAUAUAUAUAUAUAUAUAUAUAUAUAUAUAUAUAUAGAAUGUAAUUCUAAGUGUAUUUUGUCACUAUAUAUAUAUAUAUAUAUAUAUUAUUGUAAUUAGACGUGUGUGUAUAUAUAAUAUAUGUGUAUAUAUCUAUUAUAUAUAUAUAUAUAUAUAUAUAUCUAUUAUAUAUGUAACGUCAUUCUAAGUGUAUUUUAAUAGUCAUAUAUGUAAUAUUAUAUAUAUGUAACGUCAUAUAUGUAAUAUUACAUAACGGGUUAAGUAGGUAAGGUGCACGUAAAAUAGACGUGGUUUGUGAUGUAAAACACGGUAGUGACGUGAAGUGCAGUGAAUAGGAACUCCCUCAAAUAUUCAACAGCAAGUCUCAAGUAUAUAACUUACACUAAUCUUUUAAAAGUGCAAAUAAAGUGAUGCAGGACGUUGUUGAGGGUUUACAAAUUCAUCCCAUAUGGUCCAAAUUUUGUUAUGAGGACCAGAUACCCUGAACAGUUGCAAUAAUCUGAUCUAUGAGCUUUAUGACUGUAACCUGUGGCAUAGUGGGCAGUUCUUGCUUAAGCCAGUUAACAGCUGUAUAUCUUCUGUCUGCUAGGGUUAUUUUAUCAAAAAGCUUUUGUCAGCUGUUGGGUAGAACCUUUAUAGGCCAGGAUUAUAUGUAGGAGCAAGAGUCAAACUCAGUCAGUCUCUGAAAAACUCUGCCCAUGAAGCUUUUGACUUGUCAAAAUGUGCAUAAAGGUCCCCCUGUGACUGUACCGACUAACACUGGUCACUAGUGGUUAAUUUUGUAAAACUCUCAUUCUACAUUCUCUCAUCCUAGGGAACCAGAGAACACUUUGACCCCAGAAGAACGUGAUGCACGUACUGUGUUCUGUAUGCAGCUGGCUGCACGCAUCCGUCAACGAGACCUGGAGGAUUUUUUCUCUGCAGUUGGCAAGGUGAGAAGCUAUAUGUUGGAAAAAAGAAAGUCUGUAGUAUUUUGGCACUUUUUGACCUAAUUGUCUUUUUAAAUUUAAUUGCCUUUUAGGUACGAGAUGUGAGAAUCAUUUCAGACCGGAACUCGCGCAGAUCGAAGGGGAUUGCCUAUGUGGAGUUCUGUGACAUACAGUCUGUGCCACUUGCCAUUGGUCUCACUGGACAGAGAUUGCUAGGUGUACCCAUCAUUGUGCAGGCCUCACAGGUAAAGGCUAAAGCUAUAAUUAAAAUAAAAAAUAAAGUAACGCAAUUUAAUGGUUUGCCUGUAGUUAAAGUUAACAGCCAAAUGGUUUGUUUAGAGAGUUUACUCACACAGGGUGUUAAAAGGACUCAACGCUGGAUAUAACCAGCUUUAUUAAAGUGCUAGAAUGCAUUAAAGAAUAUAUAAAAAAUAUAUUGGCAUCUAAUUUUCCUGUAUUUCUGCAUAACUCUAGGUUCUGCAGGUUUUUCCACGGAAAUCUCCAAGGCUAAAAUAAACUGCAAUAUGGAAGGCACAUAUAGUGAAAACACAAGAUCUUGUAACUGAUAUAGAUAUACCGUAUAUACUAGAGUAUAAGUCGACCCGAAUAGAAGUUGAAACUCCUAAUUUUACCCCCAAAAACUGGGAAAACUUAGUGACUCGAGUAUAAGACUAGGGUGGGAAAUGCAGCAGCUACUGGUAAAUUUCUAAAUAAAAUUAGAUCCCCAAAAAAUUACAUUCAUUGAAUAUUUAUUUUGUGUAUAUAAUGAAUGCAGUGUGUGUGUGUGUGUGUGUGUAUAUAAUGCAGUGUGUGUAUAAUGCAGUGUGUGUGUGUGUGUGUGUGUAUGAAUGCAGUGUGUGUAACCUUGGUGGGGGGGUGGGCAUUUUUUUUUUUUUUUUUUUUUUUUAAUAUUUUUUAUAUUUUAUAUAUAUAUAUAUAAUAUUUUUUAUUUUAAAAAUUAAUUAUAUUAUUUACAUUUUUAUUUAUAUUUUUUGUCGCCUCCCCUGCUUAAUACAUGGCCAGGGAGGAGGGCUCUCAUUCCCUGGUGGUCCAGUGGAUGGGCUGUGUAGGUGGGGGGCUGGCAAUGAGCUGUAACUUAGCUUUCCUGCAGCUCCUGUCAGCUCCCUUCUCCUCCACUGUAAGUCUCACGGUUUGCGUCCUGCGCGGAGCAUUGCCACGGUAACCCGACACUCGCGAGACUUACAGUGGAGCUGACAGGGGAGCUGACCGGCACGGAGGAGAAGGGAGCUGACAGGAGCUGCAGGAAAGGUAAGUUACAGCUCGCUGCCAGCCCCCCACAGGACCGCCGGGCUUGUAAUGAGCCUGGCGGUCCUGGUCUGUAUUAUGGCAAUGUAUAUACGGUAUAUUUAAUUAAAUUUUUUUGCAUUUAUCCCCAAAUUAUUCACUUGUUAAAUCUCAAUAGUUAAGGUUGAUCUAUUCUGACUAUCCAUACAGGCAGAGAAGAACCGUUUAGCAGCUAUGGCAAAUAACCUACAGCGAGGAAAUGCAGGGCCCAUGCGAUUAUAUGUUGGUUCUUUACAUUUUAACAUUACAGAAGACAUGCUAAGGGGCAUCUUUGAGCCAUUUGGAAAGGUGAGUUAUUGUGCUAUAUGUCCUUUUUUAGCAGUGUCCAUAAUUAGCUUGCUAAAUUAAAUUGGGUCUCUGUUUCUUUGAAUUAAUACAAACCCCAGAUGAAGAAAUUCCUGAAUUGUUCUGACUAUGUUGCAAAUGAGUAAAAUUGUCUAGGAUCUCUAAAAUUUCAUGUUAAUCAGGAGAACUCUACAUAAUACUGCUCUACAUCCACCUCUGACUCCGAGUUAUAGGCUUCCUAUACUGAUCUAGUUUAAAAUGGAACUGGAGGCAAUUGCUGACCAUGUUUUAGAAAUGACAGAGCAGAGAGAGGAUGUGGCAUUGUUAUUUAUGUUGACAAGUCCAUAGAAGUUACUUCUUUAACCCCUUAAGUACCAAACUUCUGGAAUAAAAGGGAAUCAUAACAUGUCGUGUCCUUAAGGGGUUAAAAACUAUAACUCCCUUUCUGGCACUAUUGAGAUCCCUUUCAGUAAAACCUUUUGGCGGCAAUUUUCAACCCCUGACGAAGGAGUUUCAGACUCCGAAACGCGCGUCGGGUUACAUAUUAUAGGUAAUUACAGUAAUCAGAGUUACCCUAUUGAUACAUAGGUGCUAUUGUAUCUCUUUUCUCAUAGCAGUUAAAGUUACAGUGUAUUACUGUUGAUUUAGAGAUACUUUUUCAUGCACUGUAUCAACAAUAUUUAGCAUUACCUUGUAUUUCCUGGUUUUUCUCCCUUACCACUUUUCUCCUAUCUGUUGGACUCCACACUCUGAUUUAUUAGGCUCAAUAUUAGUGUCUGCUUAUAAUUUUACCAGCUUGCUUGGUAGUUUCUCUUUCAAAGGGGAACAACCUUAGCAUUUUGUGUGUGUUUUUUUUUAUUAUUUCUACAAUAAAGGGUUCAUGCCCAUACUUGGUGGAGCUGGUACCACCUACUCUGACCCAUUCCCCUAGCCAUAGAUUCAACGUUUUGUUGAUCUAGGACUAAGGGGAUUUCCUCUGUUUUUUAUAUUUGGAAACUAUCAUUGUUGCUGGAAUUUACCGCCCACCUAGCUCUCCGGUGCACUCCCUUUCUGACAUAGCCCAACUACUAAGUGAAACGGUAGCUCAAAACCAAAAAAUUAAACUGUUGGUUUUUGGAGACUUUAAUAUUGAUUGGCUGAAUCCUAAAAAUAAUAAAUCGUGUAGGCUGUUUAAGACUUUUCAGCUAAUACAAUUAAUUUCUUCUCCAACUCGCAUUAAUAUUAAAAGCCAGAAACAUACAUUGCUCGAUUGGAUUCUGUCCAGUUGUCCUGACAGAAUCAAGGACACAGGUGUUCUCCCUAACAGUUUCAGUGGCCAUUGUCUAGUGUACUGCAUUCGCAAAAUAAAGGUCACUAAAUUCCCUCCCAAGAUUAUAAUCAGAAGGUCUUUCAAAAAAAUGGAAUCUUGAAUCAUUUUUAAAUGAUCUCAAGAACAUACCAUGGCACAGAUUAGGUCUAAUACCAGAUCUUAGACUCUACAAUUGCAUUUUUUCAGUCCGAGCUCUUGCUUAUUUAGAAUUUGCAUGCCCUUCUGCGUAAAGUGCGACUAAAAGGGAUACACCUGCCCCGGGUUACAGCUGACCUCAUUCAAAUGUACCAGUUUAGAGAUUUGCUGUGGUCAAAGUUCAAGCAUACUGGCUCCAAUAACGAUCACUGUACUUGCAGACAUUGGCGAAAUGCAUGCACAAAACAAACAAAAAUGGCAAAUGCCCAAUAUAGGUUGUCCUGGAUUCUGUCAGGGCAACUGGACAGAAUCCAAUCAAACAAGGUAUUUUUCUGGCUUUUAAUAUUAAUGUGAGUUGGAGAAGAAAUUAAUUGUAUUAGCUGCAAAGUCUUAAACAGCCUACAUGACUUAUUAUUUUUAGGAUUCAGCCAAUCAAUAUUAAAGUCUCCAAAAAUCAACAGUUUAAUUUUUUGGUUUUGAGCUACUGUUUCACUUAGUAGUUGGGCUAUGUCAGAAAGGGAGUGCACCUACUGUUUCACUUAGUAGUUGGGCUAUGUCAGAAAGGGAGUGCACCGGAGAGCUAGGUGGGCGGUAAAUUCCAGCAACAAUGAUAGUUUUAGUGAAAGGGUCAUUGAUUACGGGAAUGUAGUGUAUGUACUCGCACCACAAACCCACCUUAAUAAACUUAAUACGUUAUAUAAUUCAUUCUGCUGCUUUUUACUAGAAUGUAAUUACUUUACCCACUAUUGUGACAUGCUAAAAGAGCUAAACUGGCUGUCGCUGGAAUCCCGACGCACUCUUCAUCUUUCUAGCCUUGUGCAUAAGAGUCUUUCUGGUAAGCUCCCACCCUACCUGAGUAGAAUGCUCUCCCUGGCUGUUCCCACCUCCUAUAACCUAUGAUCCAGUACUAGCAUGAUAUGUAGCACACCGCAGUACAAAAAUAAAGUGGCUUCAUCCUCAUUUUCCUACAGAGCACCACAAUUAUGGAAUAACCUCAGGGACACAGUCAAAUCUUCAUUCAAUUUAAAAUCUUUUUAAGAGAUCUAUGGCAAUAUACCUCAGCACAGAAUGCACCUGUCAUGGUUGAAUAUAUUUAUUACAUGUAUCAAAUUUUUGUGUGUGUGUAUGUGUGUGUGUGUGUAUAUGUAUGUAUGUAUGUAUGUAUGUAUGUAUAUAUAUAUGUAUGUAUAUAUAUAUGUAUGUAUAUAUAUAUGUAUAUAUAUAUAUAUAUAUAUAUAUAUAUAUAUAUAUAUAUAUAUAUAUAUAUAUAUAUAUAUAUAUAUAUAUAUAUAUAUUUAUUGUAUCCUAUUGUACAAUGUUUCGUGAACAAAGCCCCAGGACAUACCUGAAAACGGGAGAAAUCUCAAUGUAUCCAUCCUGGUAAAAUAUUUCAUAAAUAAAUUCAUAUAGCUUUAUACUACACAAAUGUGACUUCGUCUUACUCUGGUCAUUCAAUCCUUUUAGCAUAUCUAUAUAACGCUUACUUUAAGCUAGUAAAUGUUUAAAAAUUGGUAAAUAGCUUUCUGAGAAUUUCCUUUUCUUUUUUAGAUUGAGAAUAUUCAGCUUCUCAAAGAACCAGAUACAGGGCGGUCUAAAGGAUUUGGGUUCAUAACGGUAAGAAUAUAACAGAAUCUGUUCUCAGUUACUUUUUUUUUUUCCCUCUUUCUAUGUCCUCUCUCUGAUAAUGUCUGCUUCAGUUUUCAGAUGCUGAGUGUGCACGCCGUGCCCUGGAACAGCUUAAUGGGUUUGAACUGGCUGGGAGACCAAUGAAGGUUGGCCAUGUGACUGAUCGUGUUGAUGGCAGCUGUGACAUAUCAUUUUUGGACAAUGAUGAACUGGAAAAAAGUGGAGUAGAUCUAGGAGCCACUGGACGUUUGCAGCUUAUGGCAAAACUGGCAGAGGGUAAGUGACUUAACCUUGAAUUAUUUUCAUGACACCGUUCACAAGAAGACCAAAUACAAAAUUACCUUUUUGUGAAAAUUUUAUAUUUUUAAACAAAAUGUUUACGUCUUUAAAUUAAACAUUUACAUCUACAACCUUCUUGGUUGGCAUUUUGAUUAUGACUCUUAUUAAAAAGAUUUGUGUAUAACUUAUGUUAACUAGGAACAGGUCUUCAGAUGCCUCUUGCUGCUCAAGCUGCUCUACAACUGAAUGGAGCCAUUCCAUUGACUGCCCUGAAUCCUGCACUUUCUGGUAAGAGUGAAUUUCUUUUUUGUUUUUACCUUCAAAGAAUAUAUUUGAUUGCUUUUAAGUUUUAUUAUGUUCUUUCACAGCUCUGAGCCCAGCUCUAAAUCUGGCAACACAAUCUAUUUCAUCCCAGUGCUUCCAGCUUUCCCAACUCUUCAACCCGCAAGCCAUGUGAGUAGUUGUAUAUACUGUUUUGAUCGGUGGCACUUAAUGACUUUUUUUUGUAUUGCUAAAAAAAAAUUUUUUUUAGAACUACUUUUGCAUUUGUGGCUUCUACCGAUGUAUGGGGCUGUACAUACAACAGUUGCUAUACAUGUAGUAUACACAGUUUAGUUGUAGUGAUGUGUUUUUGUUUGUGUUGUUUUCUAAAAUAUUUUUUUUUUCUAUUUCUGUAUAGGUAAACCAAUGAACCUGCUCUCUGGACUCAUUUAUCACAUAUGCCCCAUCCUCCAUUUUUGUACACUCUGUAUUUACCUUACCCACUUCUAUUUCAUGAAAAAUGGUGUGCCACUACCAGGCCUUCCAAAACCAUGAAUACAUUGUAAAGGGUUGAUAUAACUUUGGGAGAUCUUCUUGUAAAUACAUUUUCCUAAAACUGUACCCAGAGUUUCAUUGAUCUGGCUGUUCCUAGAAUUUUGACGAAUUUUCCUUCGUGAGAAAUUCUGAGCAGUUUGUACAUAUAUAUUUUUGACAUUUGAUCUAUGUACCAACAAAUUUUCCUCACUUUGUGUACAUUCAUCCUUUUGUGGUACAGUUUUGAACUGCUGGACAUGUAAAUAGCAGCUGGGCUUAAUGUUCAGAGUAAGUUGUAUACAUUUCAGAACCAGGUAUAUUGAGGUGCACAUGUUGUAUAAGAAACAGAUCCACCAUUUUUUAAAUUGAGCUUUAGAAUAAGAAUAAGCCAAUCUUGGUCAUAAGUCUGUCUUAUAGAUGGUUUCAGACUGCAGUAAUUAAGUGAAGUCUUCUCCUACCGGAAUUAUCUUGACUUAUUUUUGCUUUGGUAAAAUCUGUUGAGAGGUUUCAAACUGUCUUCAGUUGGAAAUGUAUUUGCAAAUAUGCACAAGCUCAGUCUUAAUCCUCCUCUGCAUUAUUCUCGGAUCUGCUCUGAACUCUGUUUUUUAGUUGAUUGUCACACCUUCAAAUGGAGGGUUAAAUGUAUCUUCUAACUGAGCCAGUCAAGAAUCCUUGAGGGAUAUUCUGUUAAUUUUGCAGAACCAAAUAUACCUGAGAUAGUGGUAGGAUGUGCAGUAUUGCUAGUAAAGGUAAGUAAACCAUGCUUCUCUACAGCCUGUGCUGUUAUAGGGAUCAUGUUUCCCUUUUUAUACUUUUUGUAAAUACUGACACACUUUCUUAUAUUAGGUGUGCAUGAAUAUUAAAGAGAUGGAGGCUUGCGGAUGAAAGAAGCAGAAUAUAAAAUGGUGGGACAGCUGUCACUGGUUAUGAUUUAGUUGUGUUAGGAAGCACUAGGUGAUUAUAAGGUGCAAGUGAAAAUACCUUUGCUUUAAAAUCCUGCUUAGGACAGGCACUGCCCCAAAUUUGCUUGUCUGUUUUUUUUAUAGUUCUGCUCUGAAUUUUUGGAGCCCCCAUCUCUUGAUUUAGGAUGGUUGGUCAAACUCUGGACAACAGGGCUUUACAAUUUCCAAG